UGUAUGAGAUCACUCACACAGGAGACAUUAGUGAUAGUAUGAAUGGUAACAUGGACUCUUCUGACCACUCACUGCAAGACUGCAGAGAGGCUGCAUCAGUUAGAACCUGUGGAACUGUACAGGGACUAGACGAGGAGCCUUUGGUGCAGCGGGCUGAUGGAGAUUCCCCUUCCCCCUCCCCCAACGGCAAUCAUGAAGAGGAAGUGAUGACAGACAGUUGGAGAGGACACAGGAAGCAUGUGUUCGUCUUGAGCGAGGCGGGCAAGCCCAUUUACUCUCGCUAUGGCAACGAGGAAGCACUUUCCACCACAAUGGGUGUCAUGAUGGCUCUGGUUUCCUUUGUCCAGAGCAGUGACGACACCAUCCGCUCCAUCCACUCAGAUGGCCACACAGUUGUUUUCAUGCAGCAGGGUCCUUUGGUGCUUGUCCUGGUGUCCAAUAACAAGCAGUCCGAACAGCAGUUGCAUACUGAACUCCUGUACGUGCACUACCAAAUAGUCAGCAUGCUCACCCAGGCGAGCAUAACCCGUAUUUUUGAGCAGAAAAAGAACUACGACCUGCGCCGGCUGUUGACAGGAUCAGAGAGGGUUCUGGAUGGUCUACUUGACCUCAUGGACACAGACCCCAGCUUCCUGCUGUCUGCUGUGCAAUGUCUGCCCCUGCUGCCUUCCCUAAGAGACUCCAUCAGCCAGAUUUUACAGAGAGCCAUUACCCCGAACCUGGUCUUCUCCAUCCUCAUUGUCAACAACCAGCUACUCACCAUCGUCCAAGAGAGGAUGGUUCUCGAGGAUGCCAGGCUGAAGCCCACUGACCUGCUCCUGAUGCUCAACUUCAUCACGUCCUCCUCAGCAUUUCGUGGUGGUGAGAUCUGGACACCCAUCUGCCUACCCCUUUUCAACUCGGACUGCUACUUCUACGCCUACGUGGCCUAUCUGAACCCUCCUGAUUGCACAGUGUGCCUACUCCUCGUCUCCACAGACAGGGAUGCCUUCUUUGCGGUGGCGGAGUGCAAGAGGAAGAUUGAGGAAAACUUCAGGGCGCAGAAUGUGCUAGAUGUCAUUUCAAGAGCUCAGUUGUAUGAUGUCGGCCAUGUUGGCAUAUCAGAUCUGAGGCACUUCAUGUACAUGCCUUUCACCAUUCCUGACAAACACCACCAGCUCCCACAAUUCACCAGCUCGUCGAUGGAAGAGCCCUAUUUGGGUUUUGAGAGGACAAGACUGCUUGAUCUGUAUCGUCACAUUCACAGCCGGAUACACAGCCGCACACAGCCACUGAAAAUAAUCUACCAUGUUUCACAAAGAGAGGUGUUACUGGCGUGGACUACCAACAAGUUUGAGCUGUAUGCCUGCUUUAGCCCUUUUGUCACAAAGUCGUCUGCAAUCAACUCUGUCACCAAGUUAUUACGCUGGAUUAAAAAGGCAGAGGAUCGACUCUUCAUCCGUAGCCCUCCAAAGUACUCCACUGUAGCCAUUUCGAGAGUGAACUCCAGUGACGGCCGGGGAAGCUCAGACAGACAAGAGGCAUCAGACGGCAACCUGUUGUCUCUUCUAUAAACAGCUCGCCUAUAAGGUUCAACCACCAAACAGCCCUACUGCGACAUCAGAGACUUUGAGCACAAUAAAACAUCAAUUUGGUUAUGACAACCAAUAACUGAGCACGGAAUUUCAGGGGUGGUCAACCAUAAGCUAUCACAUGAGCAUCUUUUUGUGUAAUCACAAAUAGCAAAACCCAGUGUAGAAUCUUGUGGUCAUUACAAAAGUAGCCUAGUCUAUUUCAGAACAUUAGGCCUACUGUAAGAGCAUUGUUACAAAACUGCAUGCAUUGAUAAGUGAUAAGCCUCUUUAAAAACUGAGAACACUGUCUACAGGCCUGUCUUAAUUUUAUGUGGUUGUCUUG